AUGGUCGCCCCCGUCGGGAAGACACCACGCCACACGCUCACGCCGGCGGAGAAGAAGAAGUGCCUGGAGGCACUGCGGCGGGAGCGACGACUACGCCGCGCGGAAGAGAAGGAGGCGAGGGCACGAGCUGCGGCGGUAGCACCCCCGAAGACGAUGGCUGCAGCGGCUGCGAAUGCGAACCUCGCAUCUGCAGAGGCGAAGCAGGCCGUGGCGGAGGCGACGACGGCAGUUGCGGAGGCAAUCCCCGGCGCGGACGAAGAGGGGGCAGCCCCAGCAGAGCCGAAGGCGACGGGCAAGACGCGGAAGGCGCCAACUCGGAAGAAGGUGCCUGACCAGACGCUAGCUAUGUGGAGGAGCGGGCCAGCGUCGGCCGCGACCGCCGCACGCGCUCAAGAUGCCGCACCAGCAGCAGUCGCAUCGGAGGUUGCAGGCGCAAUGGCCAGCAUUGUGGCGACGAUUGUGGAGGAGGCGACACCGGUGGACGGAGCGACGCCCCGUGUGGCACCUGACUCCGUGACGAGCAGCACUCGGCCAGGCACGAAGCCAUCCAGCUCCGGCAAGCGCAAGCGCGUUGAGACAACGGAAUCGAGGAAGCGCCGACGCAGGAUCCUCGAUGAAGACAGCGCAGAUGAUGAAGGAGACAAUGAUGAAGAGGUGGAUUCAAGUGAGGAGGCGGGUGUCAGUGCAGACGCUGCCGGUGUGGGCGCGCGUGUUGAUGUUUCACUGGAUUGCGUUGUCGAUGGUGACCCCAAUUUGAUGGACGACGGGGCCGCCGCUUGUACAGGCAUCAACUCGGACGAAAAUCCCGACGUGCGCGAGGAACCGGAGGACAAAGAAGACGCAGAGGACGACGACAGCUGGGACGGCGACUGGGAUAUCAGCCAACUGACUGACGAAGAAUCGGAGGAGGAGCGGGAGGAGCUUCCUGAGUCUGUGUGUUCGUCUGCCGCGAUGGACACCAAGUACAUCACGGCGAUGAGAAAUAUCGGGUGGGAAUAUGGUGAAUCGAAGUUUGGACCAGACCCCACGUAUGCCGACCUUUACGAUGGCCCAUACGGCCCAACCCCCAGCGUUCUUGAAGUUGCCGAAGAUCCAUUGGCGCUCCUGUUCUACUUCAUGCCGCCCAAGCUCUGCGCUCAGAUUGCACAGCAGCGCAAGAGUGGUGGCGAAGUUAAAGACCUCGGCGACAUUCGGCGUCGCCUCGCUGGUGUCAAGGACAUUGAAGCCUAUGAGGUGCUGCAGGUGAUGGGCCUGCUCAUUGCCAGGGUGCUGGCACCGAUUCGCAAGGGCAUUGCAGCGCAUUGGUCAGUGGCGAAGGUGGGCACCAUGCCUGCGAAUCGCUGUAGCCUGUUCAUGAGCAAGAACCGCUUCUUCCACAUAAUGGUCUACAUGCACUUGUCCAACAACAAGUCUCCGAAGGCUAAGACCGACAGAGCCUGGAAGAUCCGUCCAGUCGUCGACGUGCUACAACGGACCUUCGCCUGCGGUUACCGUGUCCCUCCCAUCAUCAGCUUCGACGAAGCAACGCUGCCGUCGCGUUCCCGAUACAACCCAACUCGGCAGUUCAACAAGGACAAGCCCCACAAGUGGGGACGAAGGUGUUCGUCGCUGCGUGUACCAAGACAGCUUACUGCAUGA